GUUCAAUGAUGAGGGGGUUACAGCAAUAUCUGCCUUUCGAAUAUCCUAGAUCUCGGAGUAGAUAUAUGUCAGUCAAGGCUAUAUAAAAAACCUUCCAAUAAUCAUAUUCUAUCUUUCAACUAGUUCUACUUCCUUAUCUUUUCCACGAACACUAUGCCACCACCCGAGGAAGCAAUUGUUGAACAUGCUUUGGCAGAAGUUCAAAAGGCAGCCAUGAAUGACUCUCUCCGAAAGCUAUUGCAAAGUCAUCUGAUCAGGCACUGUCCUUCCGAGAAGCUACAAGCUUUCCACAAGUCAAACGACAACUACAAGAAGUAUAUGAUGUCAUACCUAGCACAGACUAUGGCUAUAUAUGUGGCUGAGAGUUUCGGCCGAGCAUUAGCCUCAGAGUUGGGCAAAACGCCCUAAACAUUUUGUUGGGCUCACGUCAGGCCAGGGGGGUGUGAGUGGUCUAUCUAGACAGUCCCAGCGCAGUUAUGGUUCCUUGGAAGUAUGGUCAAGUGAUUGAGGUGGUUGAGUUGGUGGUUUUCUUCGAAUAUACUCGCUUUAUACAUACCACAACCGUUUCCGUGACAACUUUUGUGCUUUCCACUCGUUUUAUGUUCAUAGAUGUCCA